AUGUUAUCACCAGAACAUCUUUCUGAUAUAGCUACUUUAAUUAAGAUGACUUGUUAUUAUGAAUAGAAAGUAUGAGAAGAUAAUCAUAUCAGUUAGAAGAAUAAAGGAUUAAUAUGAGUAUUACACCACAUUUUCAAGCAAGGACUAUUUACAAUAAAUUAGCAUCAAAUCCUCAAGGAAUAAAUAAAGAUGAUAUAUAGAAUUUAUUUAGGUAAUUCUUAUAUUUUAUUCAGUAAUUUUAUGAUGAGCAUAAAUGAUAAAGAAUUAGAGUACAUUUUUUAAUUGUACUCAAGUGAUAACUAUUAAAUAAGUUGGGAUGACUUUUAUCAAUUAAUUUGUCCAUAAGAUACUAAUCUAGAUACUUAAAUACACAAUAAUGUUAAUCAAUAAAUUUUAUCAGAUCUACUUUUAUUAUUUUAACGAUUAUUAAAAAUUGAAAUUGCAUAUUUUAGAUAAGCUGAACCUAUAAGAAUGAUUUUGUUUGAAAAAUAUAAAGAAACUGGUAAAUAAUUUUGUACACUUGUCUAAGAUUAUAGUCACUAAUUACCUAAUUUUAAGUAAUUAUAAAUAUUAUAUAAUUUAAGCUUAAUAAACUUUAUGAAAAAAUAAGAAUAUAUUUUUACUAAUCAAGAUAUAUAAUUUUUGAAAAAAAGAAUUAAAUGUAAUGAUGUUAUCAUCUCUUCUCAAUAAUUUAUAAAAUAUUGUCCAUUUAUUCCUUUUUCAGUACUCAUUAAUAGACAACCUGAAUAUAAAUUAAUAGAAACUAAAAUAUAAAUGAUACCAGAAAUAUUUAAAUAAGAUGAUCUCUUUGUUCCAUAAAUACCUUAAGUCUAUAUUGAUCAUAAUUAAUUAAAAGAAAAUGAAAAUUUUACUAAUGAAUAGAGUCCUCCUAUUGAACCAUUAGUUCAAGGAGGUAUCUCAAAUUAUGAAUUCUUUAUAGGAAGAAGACCUUAAGUAGGUGGUUAAAAAGUUGAUUAAAAUAUAUUUAAUUCUCCUAAUCCUAAAAUAUCUGAAUAAUUAAUUGACCAAGAUUAAAAACUUAACUCAGGUCAAUCAUAAAAUUAUUUAAGUCCCUAUUAAACUAUUUUAUAAGGUUAAAAGUAUAAUUCUCCUUAAUCAAAUGUAAACUACUAAGAAACAUAAUUAGAUAAGUAUUUAAGACCUUCUGCUUCUAAAAAAUAAGAAUUCUCUAAAACUAACUUAAAUUCUAACUAAAUCUAAAUUGAUAAUAAUAAAUAAGAAUAUUCUGUUCAACAUCAUAAUGUAUAAUAAGUGAAAACUAUGCAUUUGGCUGAAGUACCUUAUGAUCCUGAAGAGGAUUUAUUAUAAUAAUAUUUAUAACCUAUAACAAGAUUAGAUUAAACUAUUGAUAAGAUUGGUACUAGUUAGACUAGAAAAUAUAAAAUAUUUGAUUAGUCACAACCUGAAUCAUAAUAACAACUAAAUAAGACUUUAUAGAAAUCAAAUUAGACUUCACCAUAAAUACACUAAGAAUAUGUAUUAUAAUCAAAUUAGAUGGAUUAACCAAAAAAAUCAAAAAAGUAUGUGUCCCCUUCAUUUUCAUAAGGUUAAAAAUGA